AAUCAUGUAAUAAAUGAUAUGACAGAAAGAAUAAAGUAAAAGGAUAGUAAAAAAUAUAUAUCACCUGAGAGAGGUUUUCAGUUGAUCAGCUUUGAAACGUUUUUUGUUGCAUGAGUGUCAUCUCUAAUCAUACCAACAACAUGAAAAUGGUAGACAAGCAGCUAAUUAGUGUUGUAAUUAUACUACUUUGCUGUGUUCAUUUUCAUGUCCAAAGCUCUCAUGAUGUUGAAGAUGGAAUCAGCAGAUCUCAAUUCCCAGAAGGGUUCCUCUUUGGAACAAGCUCUUCCUCUUACCAGAUUGAAGGAGCACCUUUUGAAGAUGGUAAGGGUUUAAGCAACUGGGAUGUUUUUAGUCACACCCCAGGUAAGAUAAACAACGAUGAGAAUGGUGACAUUGCAGAUGAUCACUAUCAUCGCUAUUUGGAAGACAUUGAAUUGAUGUCUUCUCUUGGUGUAAAUGUAUAUCGAUUUUCUAUUUCGUGGUCGAGAAUUCUACCAAGAGGGAUAUAUGGGGACAUAAAUCCAAGAGGGAUAAUGAUCUACAACAAGAUUAUAGACAAUCUGCUGCUUAGAGGGAUUGAGCCAUUUGUGACAAUACAUCAUUCUGACUUGCCACAUGAACUGGAAGAAAGAUAUGGUGGUUGGAUUAGUCCCUUGAUACAGAGAGAUUUUGUUCAUUUUGCUGAAAUUUGUUUUAAGAACUUUGGAGACAGGGUUAAGUACUGGACUACCAUCAACGAGCCAAAUCUGGUUGUAGAGUCAGCCUAUAUGAGAGGAAUACACCCUCCUGGUCACUGUUCUCCACCUUUUGGAAAUUGUUAUACUGGUAACUCUGAUGUUGAGCCUCUCAUUGCCAUGCACAAUAUGUUACUAUCACAUGCCAAGGCUGUUAAAUUAUACCGCAAGCACUUUCAGGCAAAACAAGGUGGAAGUAUUGGCAUUGUUGCACAUGCCUUCAUGUAUGAACCACUUAGAGAUGAAGAAUGUGAUAGACAAGCUGUGAAUAGGACCUUGGCUUUUGGCUUACCAUGGGUCAUAGAUCCCUUGGUUUUUGGUGAAUACCCUGCUGAGAUGCAUUCUAUUCUUGGGAGCCAGCUACCAAGAUUCUCUCUUAGGGAGAAUAAUCUCAUAAAAGGAAGCCUAGACUUCAUUGGCAUCAAUCACUAUGGAACUCUCUAUGCCAAAGACUGUUCCCUCUCUGCUUGUCCUUUUGGAGCAGAUCAUCCAAUAAGUGGUUUUGUAGAAACAACAGGAACAAGAGAUGGCAUUCCAAUUGGUGAUCAGACAGGAAUGCUAGAGCUCUUUGUGGUUCCAAAGGGAAUGGAGAAGAUUGUAGACUACAUUAAGAUAAGAUACCAUAAUAUGCCCGUUUAUAUUACAGAAAAUGGAUAUUCUUCCCCUCUCAAAGCUGAUGUGACAAUGCAUGAUUUACUACAAGAUUUCAAACGAAUAGAUUACCAUAAAGCCUACCUUGCAGCUCUUCUAAGGGCCAUACGAAAAGGUGCGGAUGUAAGAGGAUAUAUGAUAUGGUCAUUGUUGGAUAAUUUUGAAUGGACACAUGGCUAUGAGACGAGAUUUGGGCUAUAUUAUGUUGAUAGACACACCCUUGAACGAAUUCCAAAACUUUCUGUUCAAUGGUUUUCUAGUUUCCUCAACAACACUGGCCACACCAACAAAAGAGAAAACUUGGGCGAGCAACAUCUUGGAAGCAAAAAUGUUAGGAAUGUUGGUUUCAAUUUUAUUUGAACUAUCCCGUGAAUUUCAAUUAACGUGUUCUCGACUCCAUCGAUGAUGAAACUGGUCCAUUCAUUGUUUCUCUUAAUUUGUUUAUGAUAAUCGUUAGAAAUUUUAUUUACGAA